UUUACACGCAUGCUCUUGUGGCUUUGGUUUCUCUGGUUUCUCGUCGCCUGAUUUCCAGCUCGCAUACCGUCAGUAACGUUAAUCCGCUAUAACGCGUGAACAGCUUGUUUGGUAAAAGACGAGUCUAUCAAACUAUCGCCUUUCCAGCCAGUCGUCACGGCGCAGAAUCGUCGGACGGAAAGAAUCGAGGCUGGGCAUUCGUUCCUUCGCGUGGAAGCGCGCUCGCCAUGGGUCGCCCCAUCGGCAUGGGCGCAGACAGCGCGGGAAGCAUGAUAUGGCUCGGCGCGCUGCUCGUGCUGACGUGUCUCGCCGCGGUUUCUCCCGUCCGCUGUGUACCCUUCGCCCCCUCCCAACUGCAAGUCCUGCUGGACUUCCAGCAGGCGUGGGGCCGGACUUUUGCUGGGUGGGUGACUGGAGGGAACUGCAGCACUGCCACGCAAGUGAAGUGUGACGCCCAGGGCAUGUUGACCAGCAUGGAUCUUCAUAACCAAGGCUUAUCCGGAUCCAUCCCAUCUACUAUCAGCAGCAUGGUCAGCCUGACAUACCUUUCUUUUGAGCUAAAUAAUCUCACCGGCCACCUCCCUCCAACGAUGGGCAGCCUUACUCGUCUUUCAUACCUGAACAUAUCUGACACAAAGAUAAUGUGCCCACCGGACUACAGCACCUGUGUGGUCCCUCAGAAUGCUUCAAGCGCUUUCUGCUCCAUGUGCACCUCCUUUUGCGCCACCUGUGCGGAGGCACCAGCCACUGCUCCACCCUCCUCUGCUCCACCCUCCUCAUCCCCCCAAAUGAAACUCCUGCUGGACUUCCAGCAGGCGUGGGGGCGGACAUUCGUUGGGUGGGUAGCUGGGGGGAACUGCAGCACUGCAGAGUAUGUGGAGUGCGACGCCCAGGGCAUGGUCACCAGCAUAUUUCUAGAGUUCCAAGGCUUAACCGGAUCCAUCCCAUCUAGUAUCAGCAGUAUGGUCAGCCUAACUCACCUAGAUCUCUACGGGAACGACCUCAGUGGCUCGAUACCCUCAGGCAUUGCCAAUCUCCUUGAUCUGUGCUAUCUGAGUCUGGGCAAUAAUGCAUUGACUGGGUCUUUUCCAUCUUCCAUCGCCAGCAUGAGCGGCCUCACUUACCUGGAUCUGCGUCGUAAUGCCUUGACAGGGUCUAUUCCAUCUACCAUCGCCAACAUGAGCAACCUCGAGUACUUGAAUCUGGGCAAUAAUGCCUUGACUGGGUUCAUUCCAUCAACCAUCUGCAGCAUCACCAGCCUCACGUUUCUAUAUCUGGGUUACAAUGCCUUGACCGGCCCAAUUCCAUCUACCAUCAGCAACAUGACCAACCUUACGUUUCUCUCUUUGGAACUAAACAAUCUCACCGGCCACCUCCCUGCAACGAUGGGCAGCCUUACUCGUCUUUCGGACCUUGCAGCACCGCCCAUUGCUCCACCCUCCUUUGCUCCACCCUCUUCUGCUCCACCCUCCUCAUCCCCUGAAAGUGAGUCACCAAUUCCUCCCACGCUAUCCCCUCUAGGCGACCUCUGCUCUUUGAUAACCCCCUUGUUCUCUUUUGUACUUACUUUUCUGCAUGCACUAACCCCUUUGGGUGACCUCUGUCCCUCAUAUGGUCUCCUUGAGUUUUAUUCCCACGAGCUGUGCCCACUCAUCUAUCUCUAGGAACUUGUAUGGCUCUCCCACCAUCAUACUGCCAGAACUUUUAGUGCCCCACACCCAUGCUCCAGGUUUUCCUCCUCCCCUCCUGCUGGAGUGGGAAGGGAAGGCCCACAUAACUUAUGAGAGCUGGUCGCCUCAUCUCCCAUUCAGUGUCCACCUCCUGAUCCUCCCCCCUCCUCCCUUCAGUGUAGAAGCUCCCCCAUAUUCUUCCUUCUCCUCCCACCUUCCCCUUACAUCUCCUUCCUGCCUGGAUGCCUCAUCAUGUUUUGCACCAACCAUCUGCAGCACAGUUACUCAACCCCCAACAUAUGUUGCCAAUCUGAAGCUUUACUUUCCUUCACCCACCCGUAUCAUCCCGUACCAUAUCCAACACUCCCCCCCCCCUCUUUUCCAUCUGAAGCAACCCUAUCCCCUAUCCCCCUCCCCCUCUCCAGCCCCGCCUUCCAUCUCCACUCCCACACCGCCUUCACCCACCACACCCUCUCCACCUCCUCCCACUUCCAAUCCUAGUCAACCCACAGCCUCUCCCUCCCAGUCUGGAGGCGGCCUGUCAGCAGGCACCAUAGCUGGCAUUGCUGCUGCUGCUGGUGUCGCUGUCCUCCUGCUGCUGCUCCUGCUGGGUCUGAUGGUAUUCAAGCGGUGCCACAUCCAAGGGGUGGAAGCAAGUGGCAAAAGCGGCACAGAUGCAUAGGACGAGGAUUUGGCCCUUGGAAGUUCACCCCAAGAGGAGCCUGUGGGAAGUGGAGCUGAGGUGUCAGCGGAAGCUUGAAGAUAGAAAAAAGGAAAUUCUCAAAGGGGGAUGGCCACCGGACGGGAUAGUGCUGGGGAGGAAAGGUGUAAAAGUAUUCUUUCCAGGACAGCAGCCCACCCACGCGCUAAUGGCAGGGAUCCCGCCAAAGGAGACGGUGCCGAGUGAGGACCAGAGUGGGAGAUAGGAGACGGUCAGAAAGGAGAAGUGGGCCCCGCAAAGCCUUUGCAGGCCAUGCCCAGUGCUGAUACAAUUCAGGGUUUCGGGUGUAGGAGUGAUCAAGCAAACUUGCCAACAGCCAUCAGUGAUCAUUACAAAACAUCCUCCGAUGCUACCUGCAUGCAGAUUCAUGCCUAUGUCUGCAUGUUCAUGUGCGCGUGCGUGAACAUAUCUGGAACAGCACUCACAUGCCCACCGGACUACAGCACCUGCAUAGUCCCAUAGGACAAUUCAACCACCUCCCAAAAGGCGUGCCCUGACUUCUGCAACACAUGUGCCAUGGCACCUCCCUCUAUGCCACCACCACCAUCUACUCCACCAUCUGAACUACCCUCGUCCCCCCGAACGUGGGGCGGAUUUUCACGGGAUGGGUGGCUGGAGGGAACUGCAGCACCUUCGACCAUGAGUCAAUGGGAAUCUUGAAGGGGAAAUGGAGCAGUUUCUGUUGUACACAGAGCCACUGUAAUAAGGAUGGAUCAGAUUUCGAGUGGUGAUGCUGAUGGUCAUUAUGGCACGUAAGGCAAUUCAUGCAAGGGGACACCCAGAUCAACUUCAACAGCAACAUGAGGCUUAUUUUGUUGACACUUUUUACUAGAAACCUUGAACCUGUAGCACUUCCGACUUUGAUUCUACCCCUCCUCCAAAACCGGUGUUGCAUCCAACACAGUGGCAUCAUUCAAGGACCCUUACUCGCACGCACCAGGAAAUCUCGUGUUUCGCUUGGCUCGCCUUGCCUUCUCCUGCGCUGCCAUGCCCGGUGCCUCCCUCCCUGCCAUGAGCCAAUUGCUGGUAGAUAUGGUGAAGAUGAGGGAGGCGGUCUUUGGAUCACAGGCCAACAAGGUUGCAUCUCGCAUUGAUGACGAAUCAUAAUCAGAUUGCGCGAACUUAGAUGCUGAGAAAAUAUGUGUAUUGGGACUACUAAAAAGAGUCAAUGGGAAUCUUGAAGGGGAAAUGGAGCAGUUUCUGUUGUACACAGAGCCACUGUAAUAAGGAUGGAUCAGGUGGGGUCCUUCACAAGUGGCAAAGA